CAGGAGCGUUAGAAAAUGCGUUUUGAUAGCCGACUCAGGAUACAUUGCACUCAAAUGCUUCCCAUUUAUGUGGUCGGUGUGAAAGCAGGCCAAGGUGGGGAUUCAAAGAAGGAAACAGGAGCCAACCUCUCCCAGUGGCCGCUCUGUUUUCAUCUGGGCCCCAGCGAAACAGGCCUGAGCGGAUGGAAACUGAGCCGCCCCCCGGGUGAAGUUUUUGAUCAGUCUGACGUGGCUCUACCAAACUUUUCAAAGUUUUUCCGGCAGCAGGCUAAAGAAGAGAAGGAAGCUGCAGAGGCCAUGCUGAAAUACCAACAAGAAAGAGGAGGCCAUUACUGUACCAGAAUCAUCCAGAGACCAAACUGUGAACAUGUAUCCAAUGUGGUAAAGGCCCUUGAAGUAGCUUUGGUUCACUGGAAAACAGUGACAGGAUAUUUUGAAGAGCUUUUUGCCUUGAGUAUUGAAAAUGCAGACCCCCAUAGUGCAAGCACUGUUAAACAAUUUAUUGAACCCAAGAUCCGGAAGAUCAAGUUGAUGGGAGACCUCCUGACCAAUGCUCGCAGGCUUGAGUGUUCCCAAGAUGGCAGAGGCAACCUUGGAGAUUACCUUAUGGAACGAUUACAGGAGGAGAUUAAAAGUAGCAGAUACACAGAUUCCAGUCAUCACUGUACCCCAUGCACACCUUUUCAGCCACGUACAGAGAUUGCAGAGAGGUUGCAACAGCCCCUAAAAGAAUUCUCCCAGAAGAGAAGUAGCACAGGGCCAAUGCAUGCAAACCAGUGCUGUCACUCCUCACAGUCUCUGCUAGGAUAUGCUAGGGGCAAAUCAGAGGCAGAAGGGGAAUAGUUGAAGCACCAUCCUAGUCUGUGGAGUAGCCUGUUGGCAGCCACGGGAGAGGCUAAUGUAAGUUGUCAGGCACAGAGAUGCUUUGGCUUCAAAUCCAGGAGAUGCAAUAGUGAUUUAAAGCUCCUUGACCACCCCUUUAUACUCUUCCUCCUCAUCUGGGCAUUCUGUGCAGUGCCUCUUCCAAAGUGCAUCACAGAAUCUAAUCUAUAACAUAGCUUCUCUGUGUAUCGUAGGCAUUAUGGCUCCUAGAUAUAGAAUGUUGAAGUUCAUUUAACCUUUCAGAUUCUCUUACUCUAAAAUAACAAUCAUUUAUUUGGAAACUCAGACUCUGGCUUUUUCUUAUCUUAAAACAGUUGAUUGGAUUAUUUAGCUUAAAAGAGGGAGGGGCUCUUUUUACAAUAAGGUUUUUAAAAGAAAAAAUAUUUUCUAAUUUCUAUGCUGGGAAAACUGUAGCUGUUUAUAUAGUUAAACAAAUGAGAAUUACUAUUAUAAAAUGGUGCUGGAACAACUUUAUGGUGAGGUGCUGAAGAUUAAACCCGUGUAUUUGGGUUACUACUUCAAGCCCACGGGUGUAGCAACACUCGAGUUACAAAUUAUAUCAAUUACAGCUUGUAUUAUGUACUCAUUUUUAAAUAUUUUUACUGUUUUUGGUAAAUAUUAAAUGGAUAUCUUUAAGACUUUUUUUAAAAUGAAGGGGGGGUUAUGAUUCUUAUAAUUGCUGCAGAAGUUACAAUAAACAGUUAUUCAGUA